CCAACGUGGAGGCUUACCCAGAUGACAAAGUUUAGUGGGAGAUAGAGAUAGAGAGAGAGAGUUGCAUAAUAAUAAGAGCUUCAGUUUCUCUCUCUACAAACUCAACCGUGUCUUUUACUCGUUAGAUUUUUCAGUUUUCAUGAAGAUUCACUCUCUCUCCCAUUAACAAACAAUUUUAGAGACAGAACAAUAACAAUGGAAGGUGAAGGUGUGAAAGUAGAGAGAGAAACCAUGGGAGCUAGAAAGAGAAACGGCGUCGUUGUGGAAGGUGAGAGAAGAUACAAAGGAAUUCGUAUGAGAAAGUGGGGAAAAUGGGUUGCGGAAAUUCGAGAACCGAAUAAACGUUCAAGAAUUUGGUUAGGUUCCUAUUCUACCCCUGUCGCCGCCGCUAGAGCUUACGACACCGCUGUUUUCUAUCUCCGGGGACCGUCUGCGCGUCUUAAUUUCCCGGAGCUAGUGGUUGGUGAAAACGCCGCCGUUGUUGCUGCUGGUGGUGGUGGUGAUAUGUCGGCGGCUUCGAUUAGGAAGAAAGCUACUGAGGUUGGUGCUAGGGUUGAUGCUCUUCAAGCUACGCUUCAUCAACAUCAUCAUAAUCAUAAUCAUCAUAACCAUAACCAUAACCAUAACCACCGUGUGAUGCCGAUUCCGGUGGCGGUUGGUGGCGGUGGUGGUGAUUUAGUGGAGCGGGUUGAUUUGAAUAAGAUUCCUGAACCGGAGAAUUCGGAUUGUGAGUGGGAAGUUAGUUGAAGAAAAAGCAGAAGAAGAAUCGAAAAAAGCGAUUCUUCUUUUUUUUUUUUAUAAUUUCACGUUUGGGGUUGUUGCUAACGUGCGCCGUGGAGGUUAUGUGACGGCUGAAGCAAAAGUCAUGAUGUUGUUGAUGAAGCCUUUGGUUGGUUGGUGGUGUGGAUUAGAGUACUGUUUCUGUCUUUUCUUUUUUCUUUUUUUUUUAAUUCUCUUUGGUACUUUUUUUUAUUAAGAUUUUACAGAAGAAAUUUUGGCAUUGUUAAAAUGUUAAAUGUAAAUUAAUUAAUAAUUAAUAAUAGUAAUAAUUAUUAUUAUUA